AUGCUCUCACGACAACCUUUCGCUCAAAAUCUCCUUAGACCCCUAUCCAAACCCUCCUCAUCCUUCUCACAAUCAUCCACCUUACCUCGAUUGACAUUCCUCCAAUCUCGUGGAUUGGCAACAUCAUCUGAUCCUUACGAUGUGGUAGUCAUCGGUGGUGGACCGGGUGGUUAUGUAGCGGCUAUCAAGGCUGCUCAAUUGGGAUUCAAGACCGCCUGUAUCGAGAAAAGAGGAUCAUUAGGUGGAACAUGUUUGAACGUCGGAUGUAUCCCAUCUAAAGCUAUGUUGAACAACUCUCACAUCUUCCAUCAAACCCAGCACGAUCUCAAGAACCGAGGUAUCGACGUAUCCGAGGUGAAACUCAACUUACCCAAGAUGUUAGCUGCCAAACAAUCUUCAGUCAAAGCUUUGACGGGUGGUAUCGAAACGUACUUGUUCAAAAAGAACGGUGUAGACUACAUUAAGGGAGAAGCUUCAUUCGCCUCCCCAUCAAAGAUCAACGUGAACUUGUUAGAAGGUGGUGAAACCCAAGUGGAAGCUAAGAACGUAAUUAUCGCUACUGGAUCCGAAGUCACUCCUUUCCCAGGUAUUGAGAUCGAUGAAGAGAGGAUCGUAUCUUCGACUGGUGCUUUGGAAUUGAAAGAGGUUCCUAAAAAGAUGGUCGUCAUUGGUGGUGGUAUCAUUGGUCUUGAGCUGGGUUCAGUAUGGUCCAGAUUAGGUGCUGAAGUUACCGUUGUUGAAUACCUCGGUGCCGUCGGUGCUGGUAUGGAUGGUGAAGUUGGUAAACAAUUCCAAAAGAUCCUCCAGAAGCAAGGAUUCAAAUUCAAGCUCAACACCAAAGUUGUCAGCGGUCAAAGAGAUGGUGACAAGGUCACCCUCAAGGUGGACGCUGCCAAAGGUGGUAAAGAGGAGACUCUCGAAGCCGAUGUAGUCCUCGUUGCUAUCGGUCGACGACCCGUUACCAAGGGACUCAACCUCGAAGCCAUUGGCGUAGAGACCGACAAGAGGGGAAGAAUCAUCAUUGACGAUCAGUUCAAUACCUCAGCCAAGGGUGUUAAAUGUAUCGGUGAUGUCACUUUUGGUCCUAUGCUUGCCCACAAGGCUGAAGAGGAGGGUAUUGCCGCUGUCGAGAUUAUCAAGACAGGUCAUGGACACGUAAACUACGAUGCUAUCCCAUCAGUAGUCUACACUCACCCCGAAGUAGCAUGGGUCGGUAAGAACGAGGAGGAACUCAAGGCUGCCGGUGUAGCUUACAAGAUCGGAAAAUACCCAUUCGCUGCCAACUCCCGAGCGAAGACCAACCAAGAUGCUGACGGUUUCGUCAAAUUCAUCGUGGAGAAAGAGACAGAUCAGGUCUUGGGCGUUCACAUCAUAGGGCCCAACGCCGGAGAGAUGAUCGCAUCAGCUACUCUCGCAUUGGAGUACAAAGCUUCUGCUGAAGAUAUCGCUAGAACAUGUCAUGCUCAUCCAACUUUAUCGGAAGCCUUCAAGGAAGCUGCUUUGGCAUCUUACGAUAAAGCUAUCAACUAUUAA